GUCAAUAAAGUUGCAGUGGUUUGACUUUGCAGCGAACAACAUGGCGACCUCCAUGCUGGGCUCACUGCUGCGGACCGUCCGGCAGAUGGUUCCUUCAUCAGCUUCAGGCCAAGUUCGAGGCUACUACGUAGACUGGAGAAUGUUGCGUGAUGUGAAGAGAAGGAAAAUGGCCUAUGAAUAUGCAGAUGAGAGACUACGGAUUAAUUCGAUUAGGAAGAAUACUAUUUUGCCAAAAUACCUUCAGGAAGUGGCUGAUGAAGAAAUUGCUGCCCUUCCCCGGGAUAGCUGUCCUGUUAGAAUCAGAAAUCGGUGUGUUAUGACGUCCCGUCCACGUGGUGUGAAGCGGCGUUGGAGGCUUAGUCGGAUCGUCUUCCGUCACUUAGCUGACCAUGGGCAGAUGUCUGGGGUCCAGCGAGCAAUGUGGUAAACUGCCUUAGCUCCAGAACCUACUGAGCUUGCAGGGAACCAGUUCUGACAAGACAACACUCUUCUAACAGACAAAAACCUAGUUUUAAUAGGCGUCCAGUAUAGGAGUCUAGUCUACCUAAUGUCUAUUUAAAUUACUUUUAAAUUUUCAGUGAAGAAACCUAGAUGUUUCAUUUUGUCAGUGAAUUAUCUUUCCUGUUGGACUAAAUGAAACAUAAGUGUUCCCAAGAUGAUGCAGAGUAAUAAAAGUAUUUUCUGUGAAAAUAUGCUCUGUAUGCUUG